AUGGAUAUCGGAGGACUGACCACAGUGGUAGCAAAUUCUGCUUACAUCAAUGCUCGUGGAAGCAUUGAUGGCUCCAGUGCAGCAGCAACACGGGAUAAGAAGUACCAUUCUCGCCUCAAGCUGCCCCACAUCACUGUGUGUGAGGGCCUGAUGGACACCCUUGAUUUGUCCUUUUGCACGGUCUGCAUGGAACAGCCUAUUGGCAAGCGCCUCUUUAGAGAAUUCUUGGACUCAAAAACAGAGUAUCACGGGGCUUGCCGUUUAUGGAAAGACAUCGAGGAAUAUGACCUGGUGGAGGAUUCUGACCGGGUAAAGAAGGCCUCAAAGAUUGUCCAGCGUUACAUGGACCCAUCUGCCAAGCACUACUGCCCGUUCCUGUCUGAGGACAUCAUAGCUAAGGUCAAGGAAAGCCAGGAGGCUGCAGGCGAUGAUUUGUUUGCUGCAGCAUUGGCCACAAUGUUGGACUUUCUGCGUGAGGCCCCCUACUCUUUCUUCCUGGAGAGCUUGUAUCUGAAACGGUACCUGCAGUGGAAGUGGCUUGAGAUGCAGCCCAUGGAUGCCGACUGGUUCCUAGACUUCCGUGUGCUGGGGAAAGGUGGGUUUGGGGAGGUGUCUGCCUGUCAGAUGAAAGCCACAGGACAACUGUAUGCCUGUAAGAAACUCAACAAGAAAAGGCUGAAAAAGAGGAAAGGCUUUGAGGGUGCGAUGGUGGAGAAGAGGAUUCUUGAGAAGGUUCACAGUCGUUUUAUUGUGUCAUUGGCGUACGCCUUCCAGACAAAGGACGAACUUUGUCUGGUCAUGACCAUCAUGAAUGGAGGAGACCUCAAGUACCAUAUCUACCUGGUGGAUGAGAACAACCCGGGCUUUGAUGAGCCCAGAGCCUGUUUUUACAUCGCUCAGAUCAUCCAAGGCUUGGAGCACCUACACCAGAAACGAAUCAUCUACAGAGAUCUCAAACCCGAAAAUGUGCUGCUGGAUAACGAUGGGAAUGUGCGUAUAUCUGACCUGGGUCUCGCUGUUGAGCUAAAAGAAGGCAAAACACUGACCAAAGGAUAUGCUGGGACACCAGGGUACAUGGCUCCAGAGAUGCUGAAAGGGGAGAAGUAUGACACUUCUGUUGAUUACUUCACUCUGGGAGUGACACUGUUUGAGUUCAUGGCGGCUAAGAAUCCAUUCAGAAACAGGGGGGAGAAGGUUGAACGUGAGGAGAUGAAAGAGCGUAUGCUGACACGGACGGUGACCUAUCCGGACAAUUUCAGUGAGCAUGCAAAGUCGCUUUGUGAUGGUCUGCUGGCUAAAGAGGUUGAUCAGAGGAUGGGUUUUAAGAAUGGAUGCUGUGAUGAGAUCAGAGGGCACUCAUUUUUCAGUGACAUCAACUGGAGGAAACUGAAUGCAGGUAUUCUACCUCCUCCUUUCGUCCCGGACCCAAAAGUGGUAUACGCUAAAAGUCUGGAUGACGUCGGGGCUUUCUCCUCUGUGAAGGGAGUGACAUUGGAGGACCCUGACAAGACCUUUUUUGAUGAGUUUUCCUCUGGGAACAUUCCCAUACCCUGGCAAGAGGAGAUGAUCAAUACAGGCAUUUAUGGAGAGCUCAACAUUUGGGGUCCUCAUGGCAGCGUCCCCAACGACCUCCGCAGGGAGUCCAUAUUAGAGCAGCCAAAGUCCUCAACCUGCUGCAUAUCCUAGAGGCAUUGAAAAGCCUUCAACCAUACAGUGUGCAGACUUGUGGGGCAUAAAGACUCUAGUACUCAGGACAAACACAAGUCUGAACCAUGUAAUCACAGUUUUAAAACAACUUGAGACUCCAAAGUUUUAUCUGUUCUUGUUUUUUUUUAUUAUUAAAAAACAAGAACAGAAUUAAGGUGGAUUUCUAACUUGAAAUGGAUAUAUCGUAGAUUUAGGAGUUAAAAAAGAAAAGAAAUAUAUUGACGUUAUAUCCUUUCUCCACCCUCACCAAUUCUUUCUUCAUCUUCUUUCUUUGGCUCUCUCUCUAUCUGUUCACUCUCUUCUCUUUGUGUGUGCGUUUGUUAAGUUAUUGUAAUGCUUUGAGAUUUAAAGUGGAUUUUAAAAAUUAAAAUGUUUAGCAGGGGCUUAUGUGAUAUAUUUGGUGCUGACUGAAAGUCCCAUGUUGAACAUGUAAAAAUGUUGAUUUCCCUUUCUUGCAUAUUUGCAUUUAAUGGAGAAAAAAAAGUUCUUUAUGAGGGAAAUGUAUGACUGUAGUCCCUUAGUCUUUACUAUAAACGGCUAAAUUAACUGCUGCUGUUGCAAUACCAAAAGAUAAGACACCAAAGUGUCAUGGUUUUGAUAAACAUUUUCUCGUGUGUUUUUUUCAUGGUUC